AUGAAGAAGCGGCAAUGGCAGCCAGAUGUGAAAAGGACUGCCAUGAAUAAACAAUACAGGCAGCGUCAAUUAAGCCAUGUCAUCUCAUCAAUGAGCAAUUCAAAUGACAAGCUAAGUCCACUCUCCCCAUCAGAAACAAUUAAGCACUUCUACAUCUGCAUCAACGAGAAAAACUCGAAGAAACUAGGAAAAUUCAUUGCCCACGAUUGCUUCUUCGAGGAUCUCUCUUUUCCUUGCCCUUUCCAAGGAAAAAAGGAGGUCUUGCAUUUUUUUGAGCAGCUAAUUACAUGCAUGGGUCAGAAUAUACAAUUCAACUUGGGAUGUGUUUGCGAAAGAGAUGAACAUGCAGCUGCAGUAAAUUGGCACUUGGAGUGGAAGAAGAAGCAGGUCCCAUUCACCAGAGGCUGCAGCAUUUUUGAAUUAUCAAAAGAAGGAGACGGACUACUCAUUAAGAAAGCUCAAGUAGUGAUUGAAUCACCAUUCAAGUUGGGAGUCUUAGCACUGAAUCUGCUGAAGAUCGUAACUUCAGUUUUUGACGCCUUCCCAGAGGCCACUGAGAGUAAGGUUCCUGAGGAGUCCCUAUGCCAUACUACAAUUGCUACUACAGUUUUACAACAUAUUUUUGGUGCCAUGUAUAAGUCCAUUUCUAGCAUGCUACGUAAAAUUUUGGAGUUUCAUGGCUUGCUUGCUCAGCUGCACCCUCAGAAUAUUGCUGUACAUUUCAAAGCUUUUCAACAAGUAGAGGAUUGAGAAAACUAACAAAGUUCCUUUUGU